CUCCAAUUCAAUCGUUUCAUGCUAUAUUUGCUCUAGUCACUAGCUGCUGGGCUUCAUUUGAAUCAAUCUAUCCCCAUGUCGUUGAACGAAGUUUGGGAGGCAGCCUCCGCGAGCCCUUACACUCCACUGAUUUCCAAAGACAGCCAGUUCUCCGUCGGCUUCACCCUCUUGCUUUCUGCACUCAUAUUGACUGGUCUUUUCGGACUGAACCGCUCUUUCUUGAGCAUCGCUUCAUUUGGCGUCCCGGCGUCAUUGGCAUUCGGCUUCGGGGCCGUAUACAUGAUCUGCGCUGUUGGGGUCUACGUUUAGGAAGACGUCCAGAUCUUUUCAAUGUACCAUAUACCCAGUUGAGAGAGAAGCAGAAGGAUUAUACCAUUAGAAACGUCGAAGCUCUUCCUCCCUGCAGACUCUCUAUUAAUCUAAUUUGUCCGAGUUCUUUGUUUCCGAUCCUUUCCGCCAUCUCGUACAUCCAGCCAUGGCCGACGUGGAACCCAUCUUUUCUGCUGUUUCCAGCAAUGCUCACCAUCUCUACACUCUACUACAGUGCAUUGGCUUUGUACCAAAAGCUACCGUGCUUAUUACCCCAGAUGGGAUUCGCUUUUCUGUGGAGGAAGGCCGAGUAAUACAGGGACUCGCGUUCCUUGACAAAGCUCUUUUUACCACCUACACCUUCAACCCACCAGCCGCGCCGAACAACACUUCUGGGGAUUCGGGGGACGGUGAUGAUUCUUCAGAUGCUACUUCCAAUCCAUGCUUCGUUGUGUCGCUUUCUUCCCUCCUUGAGACGCUCAAAAUUUUUGGUGUAAAUGAUCCAUCCGCCACCGGGGCCAACAAGGCAGUUAGUGUCCAACCGUCGAACCCCUCGUCAUCGAACGCCUUCACCACGCCUGCAUUGCUUUUUGAUCGUUCAUGUACCUUGCAAUAUUUCCAGGACGGCUCCCCUCUAAGCAUCACUUUAUCAGAGACUGGGAUCAAGACCACUUGUGAACUAACAACCUACGAACCCGAUGGUGGUGAAGUCGAUAUCCCUCUUCAACGUGACGCCAUCAUAAUGAAGGUCAUCAUGCGUUCCGCCUGGCUACAUAAUGCCAUUGUGGAGCUGGGUGCCACUAACCCAAAUAUGUUAAAGAUAUCCGCCUCGGCAGAUCGGGAACCUUUCUUCGCCUUGUCCGGUUCUGGUGGUCCGUUCAGCGAGUCCUCUGUAGAAUUCUCAAUAGAGGAACAAGGCCCGGACAACGGGGCAUCGUCCCAGUCUCGCAAGGUGUUGACCGACGAUGGCACAUCCAGGUCUCGGGCUAAGAGGACCAAGCUUGCGCCUACUGUCACUGAGACCUUCCUUGUUAGCCCACCGUCUUCAAUGGGCUCUCGCAUCAAGCAGAAUUACCGAUUUUCUCUUAUCCAGAAGGCUUCUCGUGCUAUGGCUGUGGCUAACAAAGUAAGCAUUCGGGGCGACCGGCAAGGAGUUUUGAGUCUUCAGUUUAUGGUUGAAUUCGACGCACACGGCUCCAGCGGCGCGAGCAAUAGCACAAGAUCCUCUAGGGGAGCGCUAGGGCCCACAGUAACCUUUGUAGAUUUCCGUUUUGUGCCGUUACUGGAUGAUGAGGAGGCAGCUGAUGAGAACAGCAUGGAUGAUUACGAAUAACGUCUUUCGGUGGAGCAACAGCUGUAAAUAAAAGUACAAGUUAGCAAUGAAAUAACUUGGAUUCAGUCAAUACAAGUUAUUCACUCGCAGCAAUUGCAC